AUGAUUAAUCAUAUUCUAGAAAUAAUAAAAAAUGAAGACACUUUUAAUUUAUUUUCUAAUUCUGUGUCUCCUAGUAUUUACGAUAUUAAUAAACUUAAAAUUAAAACACUUCCAAACAUUAAGAAUUUUUUACUUACAUUUUUUAAGAAUGUAAAAAAUAAUUAUCCACUAGAUUCGUUGUACUGGAAUGAGGCCACGAAAUUUGAACAAUUUAUUUUUAGACUUUUUAAAGAAAUUGAAGAUGUAAAGCAGGAAAGUAAUGGAGAUGAUAACAUUAUAGAGAUGUACGUAGAGAGUAUAAUGGGAUUUACAGAAGACAUUGAUGUACAUAAAAUCAAUGAGCAGAUUUCUUACAUUAUUUCUUAA